GUGUUACUAUACGGAUGUAGCUGUCAACCUUGGUAGCAAUACACUUUAGAGGUUAUGUUUCUUUUACAAAAUUAACGAAUUUUCAUUAAUUUUUCCACUUAUUUAUCAAAAUACCAAAUAUGGACGAGAAACAAGACGGCCCAGUAUUGAAAGAAUUAUUAAAAUACAUAAAAAUAGAAUCAAAAAGUGGGAUUUUGUCAUGUUUAGUACGACUUAAAAAUGAUUCAAAGUGUUACAAGCAAUUUGCCAAAGAUGGAGGAUUAGGCAUUUUAGUAAAUUUACUGCAUUAUCAUAAUACACAAAUAGUGAACAUAACUUUAAGUAUUUUAGCAAACGUUUGCCUGAAUUCAGAUGCAAGAGAAAAGGUCAAAGGAUCUAAAAUAGCAAGUCGCGUGGUUUCUAUAAUAAAGCAUAUCAAACUAGGUAAUAAUAUACACUGCCGUGCUUGUAGACUCAUUGGAAAUUUAUCUGAAAGUGAUUAUCAUGCAAAAUCAUUAUGUGAAGUUGGUGCAAUUCAAGCUUUGGUUGAUCUUUUACAACUAGAUACUUAUGUGCAAACUUACUUAAUGGGUGUCAGGGCAAUAAGGAAUAUUUGGAGUAUAUACGAAGGUAGUAGAGAAGAAAUUUUAGAAUCUGGAGUAAUAUUUAGAAUUACAAGUUUAUUAAUAUUAGCAAAAGAAAAAUUAGAAACAAAUAAAACAGAUAAAAAAUAUAUGGAACUAAUAGAGACCUGUUUAAAAGCCAUGUGUGCUUUUUUGUCCACAUUGGAUCCUCGAGUUGGAAAACAAUUAAGAGGAGGAAAAAAUAUACAGGGUUAUAAGAGUAUUAUACAAUGUUGUGAUAUGCAUAAUAAAGUAGCGAUUAGAUGUUUAUAUAAUCUUUGCCAUAUUACGGAAUGUCGUCCAAUUUUGGGAAAUUUUGGUGCUAUUGAAAGUUUUAUCGUUCUUAUCAAAGAUCGCUUAGAAUUGUCUAAGGAGACAUUAGUCACUUUAUGCCUAUUUUGUGUAGAAGCUAUAAAUCGUGCGAAGGUUAGAAUGGGAUCAGGUUUGGAAUUAAUGUUAUCUUUAUUAAAAGAUAUCAAGAAUGAAAAAUAUCAUGCCAUAUUAUUACAUGCUUUAGCACAAUUUGUCCAUGACGAACCAAGCAUUACUAUAAUGCUAAAGAAUGGUUUGCUUGACGUUUUAGUUACUAGAUUGAAAAAAAUGGCAAUUGAAGCUCAUGAGAAAACGAAUGUUUCAAGAAAACGAAAAAGUGAUACUCCUCCUAAUAAUCAAACACAAUUGAAAUACAUUGCGACAAAUUUAGGAAGAUUUAGUUCAGACUACUAUCGAGAUGAUUGGAGUCCAGGAAGUGCUACUAGUGUUUCCUCUUCGCCUCCUAGUACACCACCGUUACCUUUUUAUGAUUCUAUUGAAAAUGACGAAAAUACCGAAGAUAAUUACAGUCCAGUUUGUAGCGAUACAGAAAUGAUGGAUAACGAAGAUGAACCCCAAGAAGAAGUAGAAUCAUUAAAAAGUUGGAAAUCAGUAACUAUAGAAGUAGAAGAAUCCCAGAAUGUAGAAAAGGAGAGGAAAUUGUGGGAAUGUCCAUACACCUGGGAGUUUGGAAAUUUAUGGGCGUUAUUAUUAUUAAGCCACUUAAGUCUUUCAAAUGAUCCAAUUGAUGGAUUGGCCGAUCCCACGACCAUUGGACCGUUAUUAGCUUACAUUAGACACGGAAAAAAUAUAAGAGCAUCUAGAAUUUUAAAUAGAAUUAUAAGAAAUGGAGCGUAUUUAGUACCAUUAUUAAAACAGGGCUUCGUUUUUGAAGUUCAAACAUUAUGUGGGUCUGAACAUUAUACAAGACAACUGUGCGCCGUAGCAGAAACAGGCGGAGCGAUAGGUGAACUUACAUCUAUAUUGCUUCGCGGAAAGGAAGCUCAUAAAUUGAUUAUCGCAGUCUCGAUACCAUUUAUAAUUAAAUCGCGAGAUAUUCUAAAAUCAUUGCUGAACAAUCACGGUGGUCUUCAAUUAAUAUUUCACAUUCUAUCUGAUCAACAACAUGUCCUUUAUGAAAACGCUAUUUGGUCAAUUUGUCGUCUAGCAAGCACGUUAGAAAUUCAACCUGAGAUUAUAGAAAAAUGUCAAAUCACAGAAACCGCUUCGACUGAUUUUCCUAGAGUAUAUGAUAAUCAUCCGAAACCUGCAACGGUUACAUUCGAACUGGACGAUGGUACGACCGUCGACGCUUGUAGGCAAACAUUGUGUCAAAAAUCAGACGUAUUCUCCGCCAUGCUUGAAGGGAACUUUUCGGAGUCAGGCAAGAAACGUGUCAAAUUGCGAAAUACAUCAAAGGAAGGUCUUAACACGUUGUUACUAGCUGCAAAUGGAGCAACUUUCGAAAAUAGAACUAUCGAAUCUUUAUUGGAUGCGGUGCUACUAGCUGAUAAAUUCCUCAUGGCUGAUAUAUCGGAUAUUCUUACACAAAGUUCUAUCUCCAAGUUGAAUUAUAAAAACUUCAGUAGGGCAUGGAACUGGGCGAGAAUGAAUUCGUGUCACGAACUGAAAUCCUGUUGUGUGAAAAGGUUUCUGACAGCUCAAAUGACAAAUCCUGAAAGAGUCCAAGCGUUUCAGGAUUUUUCUACCACUGGAAGUUUUCAUGAAUUCCUAGACGAAGUAAAGAAAAUCAUUAACAAUGUCUUGUGCCAACGUUAAUGACGAGUUAAUUUUUAUACAAUUGUGAUAUUUAAUAAUGAGGUAAGUGACUGCUUUAAUCAUUUAAUAAACAUUCUCUAAGUAGGAAGCAGUUAAUGAAACUUUUAUAUAAUAAACUGUCUGAGUCAUUCUAUACUUUGAUCAUACUUAUUGUGAAUAUAUUUUAAAACGUGGAAUUGAUGUACAUUAUAAAUAUACAAUUUAUAAAUGUCA